AUGCAGUCUGAAUUGAUGAGAUACACUAUUGUACAAACACGAUACAUUUGUGUCUCGACAUGAUGGCACGUCGCUAAGACGCACACCUACCGAGGGCGAUAAGACCUACACAGUACGCACCUACAAGUAGGUAGACUGCCCAAAUUCGCCGCUUAGGUACUUUACGCCUCGCGGCGCACGCCACUUUCGAGCCCAUCGAACUGCCCGCCACGCAACCUACAUACCUUUCCAAACCCCCGUGCACAAGUUCUCGAAGGGAAAAAAAAGGGGGCCCCGGUCCUACCGUUCCCACCCUUCCUCCCACCUCCCGCUCCCUGCGCACCAACAUGCCCUUUGCGCAGCUCGUCAUCGGCCCGCCCGGCGCCGGCAAGUCGACGUACUGCAACGGCAUGCAGCAGUUCAUGGGCGCCAUCGGCCGCAAGUGCUCGGUGGUGAACCUGGACCCGGCCAACGACCCGGCGCCGGUGCCGUCGGCGGCGUUCGCGGCGUACGAGCCCGCGCUCGACAUCCGCGACCUCAUCUCGCUCGAGAUGAUCAUGCGCGACGACGAGAUCGCGCUCGGCCCCAACGGCGGCGUGCUGUACGCGCUCGAGGAGCUCGAGGAGAACUUUGACGGCUGGCUGGUCGACGGCCUCCGCGGGCUCGGCGACGACUACGUCCUCUUCGACUGUCCCGGGCAGGUCGAGCUGUUUACCCACCACGGCAGUCUGAGGAGGAUCUUUGCCCGGUUGGAGAAGGUCGGAUAUCGUCUCGUGGUGGUCAACCUGAUCGACUCGUACGCCCUUACUUUGCCCUCGCUUUACAUCUCCACCCUCCUGCUGUCGCUACGGAGCAUGCUGCAGCUCGACUUUACCCACAUCAACGUCCUCACAAAGAUCGACAAUCUCAGCAAAUACCCCCCGUUGCCCUUUAACCUGGACUUCUACACCGAGGUCCAGGACCUGUCGUACCUGCUCCCUUACCUCGAGGAGGAGUCGCCAAUGUUCAAACAAGGUGGCAAGUUCCAGGCGCUGAACGAGGCGAUCGUCCAACUCGUCGAAGAAUAUGGAUUGGUGGGCUUCGAGACGUUGGCGGUCGAGGACAAAAAGAGCAUGAUGAGCUUGUUGCACACGAUCGACAGGGCGGGCGGGUAUGCGUUUGGCGGCGCCGAGGGCGCGAAUGAUUCCGUCUGGCAGGUCGCUGUCAGGGAGGGCCUGGGCAAGAUGGACGUGAGGGAUGUUCAAGAACGGUGGAUUGAUAGAAGGGAGGAGUACGAUGAGUUGGAGCAGAAGGAGUGGGAAGAGGAGCAGAAGCGGAGGGAAGAGGAGUGGGCCAAGAGCGGAGGGGCGAUGAUGGCAGUGGGCGAGGACGGAGAUGAGGGAGACAUGGACUUACCGCCGCUCAAGGAUGGUGGUGUAAAAGUCGUGCGGAGUGGGAAGAAGCCUUCAUGAUAUUCCGGGCGUAUGCUCCCGCUCAGAAGGAUGAUACCGACUCGACUCUGCCCUCCAGUGGGCAUUGCCGGGUGCAAUGUAGUCGGCCGGCUGCUGCGGUUGCGGCGAGAGCUAUGGCAGACACAACAGCCAUGAUGAGGGAGCCCGGACAACCUGGAUUGUCGCGGGAAAGGUGCCGUCGUGUGGUGUUCUGGAUCUCUGCAUCACUUCACGAUUUGACGGUCUCUGCAGACGUCGAUUGCUCGAUGAGGUGCUCCGCUGUAUCGUUAGAUAGCCAAUGUUUCUUCAACGAGGAACUCUUUUCCUCAACCAGAA